AUGAACGGCUGGAAUCUUUGCGGCGAUUUGCGCGGUGAGGCGCAGCGUGGAAAGCGCAGAUGCUGUGCUGAGAAGGGUGCGACUGCGGAGAACUGGGAAAGCGCAGAGGUGGGGGGUGGGAAAACGAGGGAGUACGGCGGAGGCGGAAUGCAUGCGCGGAGGCGGCAGGUCGACGUGGCCAUGCGCGUGAACGGCAUGAUGGGCGGCGGAGCGGGGAGCGCGGAGGAGCUGUCAUUGGAGCAGAUGAUGGGUGUGAGCCGAUGGUGCGUGCUGCUCGCCGUGGAGGUUGGCUUGACGACGAGACUGGCGGAGAGGCUUGGGCAGGUGGAGAAGAGAAAGAGAGAAGAAGAGAGGGAGAGAGUGAGAGAGGAAGAGAGGAGGGUGAGGUAUGAAGAAAGGGGGAAAGUGAGAGAAGAAGUGAGGAGGGUGAGAGACGAUAGGAAGAGAGAGGAAGAGUGUGAGAGGCUGAGGGAGGAUGAGAGGAAGAGAGUGAGAGAUUACGAGAGGAGGAGACAGGUAGUACGAAUCAGGAUGAGAGAGGAAGAGAGGAAGAGGUCGGUCCCCCAUCACUCCCCCAUCACUCCCCCAUCACUCCCCCAACACUCCCCCAUUGCUCCCCCAUGGCCCCCCCAUCGCUCCCACACUGUUGCCCCCAUUUCUCUUAAUGCGGCAGCACCUGCUAGCCCAUGCAAUCUCCCCCUUCCAUAA